UGACACUCCGCUUGUUUGAAAGUACAAAAGCAAAUAAAGUCAAGUUAAGUAAACAAUGAUACACUUUAAGAAGAUAGUGUUGACUUUGUAUUAUAGUUUAACAAUUAUGGCCAUUUUAUGAAUUAUACUGAAGUGGUGUAACGUACACUCGGAAAUAUUUGAGAUUUUAAUCCAGUUCAAUAACUUCCUGUGUCGUGAAAGCUGGCCAUACUAUGUGAAAGGAAAUCAAUUACACACAACAAAUGGACAGAUGAACAUAAUUUACUACUUAGAAACUAUUAAGUUUAAUAUUUAGAAACGCUUUAUUGUGUACCAGUUCACAUAGACAGAUGUAUUACAUGGAUUUUAUUUGAAUGGAACGAGUGACGUUAGGGGUCGUUGGUGACCCUUUUGUCGGUAAGACGCUGCUUUGUGUAUCCUAUACGGCAAACUAUGUUUACAAGGACUAUAAACCAACCGUUUUAAACCACCACUGGACUAACGUUGUUGUCAAGGAUCACGUGGUUGACCUCACAAUCUGGGACACCUCUGGGUCGGACGAAUACAGAAAGUUGCGUCCAUUAUGCUAUCCCCAGGUCGAUGCCUUUCUUGUGUGCUUCUCGCUAAAGUGUCCUGAAUCAUUCACGCACGUGCAAUCAAAAUGGAUACCGGAAAUAGAAGAACAAUUUAGCAAAAUACCAGUUGUACUUGUUGGAUGUAAAAGGGAUGAUUGUUUAAAGUCAAGCCAAGAGAGCUUGGAUACCAUAGAUACAGAGGAAGGAGAGGAAAUGGCACGUGCAAUCAGAGCGACGAAAUAUGUCGAGACGAGUGCAGUUGAACAGUCAGGGUUUACCAGUGUAUUUCAUACAGCCAUUCUUGCAGGGUUGGAAAGGAAGAAGUCGCUAACUUGGUGAAGAGAGAAAAAUUGUUAACGUUUAUUAUAUAAAAAAUAAAUAAACAUAUCAUGAAAUCUGA